AAUUUUAGUGAGUAAAUGCGUUUUGUUUUUUACUCAUUAAUCGGAAGAAGAAAAAUGAAAAAAAGAAAAUAAAUGUAGAAUGGGUUAUUGGCGCCCACUGAAAUCUCCAAAGAAAACUCUUUCCCUUUUCCCUUUCAACAGAAGAUUCUGAUAAUUGCUUAAAAAUCGGAACAGAAUCUACAGAAACCAAAUAAUAAUAAUAAUAAGGCUCUCUCUCUUUUUCUGUUUCUGAGUAUGAGUUAAAGUUAUUGCUUUGGAAGAAGAAGAUGACUUGGAGAAGAGUGUUGAAGUCGGCGCAGUCUUUGGCAGCGCAUAGCCUGCUUUUCUGUUUCACGCUUUUGCUCCUUCUUAAGCUGGAUCAUGUCGUUUCUUACUCUUGGUGGACAAUAUUUUUCCCACUUUGGAUGUUUCAUGGAGUUGUUGCGCGUGGAAGAUUUUCCUUACCUGCUCCAUCUGUCCCUCAUAAUCGUCAAUGGGCACCAUGUCAUGCCAUUGUUGCGACACCACUAUUAAUUGCAUUUGAGCUGCUUCUUUGUAUAUAUCUUGAGAGUGUAAAUGUUCAUGGUUUUGCUGCUGUAAACUUGAAGAUUGUGUUUCUUCCACUGUUGGCGUUUGAAAUAAUUGUUCUAAUUGACAAUUUCAGGAUGUGCAGGGCUCUGAUGCCAGGAGAUGAUGAAAGCAUUAGUGAUGAAGCAAUAUGGGAGACACUACCUCACUUCUGGGUUGCAAUUUCUAUGGUCUUCUUUGUUGCUGCUACAGUCUUCACCCUUCUGAAGUUAUGUGGUAAUGUUGGUGCUCUUGGCUGGUGGGAUUUAUUCAUAAAUUUUGGUAUUGCUGAGAGCUUUGCUUUUCUUGUUUGUACAAAGUGGUCUAAUCCCGUAAUUCAUAGAAAUUCCCCUGCAAUAGAAGCUGGUCCAUCUACCACAGCUAUCAGAUAUCUUGACUGGAACAGUGGCUUAGUAGUUACACCAGAUGAAGACCAGCAUCAGGAUACAGUGUGUGGCCUGCAAGAAAUUGGUGGUCACAUCAUGAAAAUUCCUAUAAUCGGUUUCCAAGUCCUCCUCUGCAUGCAUUUAGAGGUUUGUGUAUCAUUGGUGGUCUUGUCUAUGAUUGGGGUAUGUUGUCAACAAAUCUAUGAUUGUUUCAAAUUUCAGGGAACACCUCCUGAUGCUAGAUAUAUACCGCUUCCAAUUUUGUUCUGUCCUCUUUUCCUACUGCAAGGUGCUGGUGUGCUGUUUGCUGCAUCAAGGUUACUAGAGAAAAUUGUACUUUUACUACGGAGUGGGGCUGGCACAGGGUUAUACUUCAGAUUUUCGUCUAGAGCCCAUGAUUGCAUGGGAUUCUUGCACCAUGGUUCUAGGUUAUUGGGUUGGUGGUCAAUUGAUGAAGGAAGCAGAGAGGAACAGGCACGACUUUACUAUGAUGGGGCCUCUGGGUAUAACACCUUCUCUGGUUAUCCACCUGAGAUAGUUAAGAAAAUGCCUAAAAAGGAUCUAGCUGAGGAGUUUGUUUCAUCUCAGGUUUGGAGGCUUCAGGCAGCUCUUGGUGAGCAAACAGAAAUCACAAAAUAUAGCCAGCAGGAGUUUGAGAGACUUCAAAAUGAGAAAGUGUUAUGUAGGGUUUGCUUUGAGAGAGAGAUUAGUGUGGUUUUGCUCCCCUGUAGGCAUCGUAUUCUUUGCAGUACCUGCUGUGAGAAGUGUAGAAAAUGCCCAAUCUGUCGUGUCUCCAUUCAGGAACGCUUACCUGUAUAUGAUGUUUAAUUUCUAACUUGGCAACUUUUCUGUAAAAGUGGGAUUGCACGGUAAACAUCAAAUACCUGAACAGGUCAGAUAUUUUUAUUAAGUUUUCACACUAGAGAGUGUUGCUUGUUUGAAUUGACAUGAGCUAGUAUGGAUAUACAGAGAAUGCACUUGCUAUAAUAACAAGAAGAUUUUUCCCCCUUAUUUUCUUUUUUAAUCCUAGGAAAUGUAAAUAUAGUUUCCUGAUAGGAACAAUAUUCUGACAUUGGAUUGUAAGGUUUGCUAGCUUGUUGACUGGAUUAACAGUGCAGAAUGACGUGUUUUGAUCCUUUUUUUUUUUGGUAAAACUGUAGAAUUAAUUCCAUUCCCCAGUGUAUUCAUUUCAUUCCUUUUGUUGGUUCUUGCACAAGUAACUUUUUGCUCAUAGUUAAUCAACAGGUUAGAAAUUUUGUUUUAGUAGGCUUAUGUAUAAUAAGCAAGCACCAUAUAAAAAAUACAAAUAUUAAGAAAAAAGGUUUAACGUAAAAUUUAAAAUAUAGAUGUUAGAGAAUAAUAACCUAAGCAUACUUUCUCAUUACUAUAACUAAAUAUUGUUAUGAUGACUGUGUGUUAGUGUUUCACAAUCAUCAUUAUUAAGUUACAAUAUGAAUAUAUACUGAAUGACCUCAUUGCUGAUUGAUAUAAUCAAGCAAAUAUUUCUUUUCUCAACAUAUGUAACUAGACAACAAUUUAGCCAUUGAUUAACCAUUCAGUUAUGCAAUAUGAUAUUAAUAAUUAGUUUGGUCGUAAGGAAGACCCUAUCUACAUUUGUAGUUUCAUUUGGUAGAAUCAAUUUUAAUAUUAGAAGCAAAUAACUCGAUGGAUAAACAAUUGCAAACGUAGAAAUUGAUUCAGACAUAUCAAAAAGUAAUUCAAUCACAAAAAUGUUAUACUAGAAGUGACCUAACUAAAAUUUAUUUUGACUACUAUCAAAUUAACAUUUUUAUUACCUUAAAUUGAAUGCAUUCGAUAUAUAACCUUGUAAAAGGUAUUUCAAAAUAUGGGAACUUCAAAUUUGGCAUGGUACUUCAACUGAUAGAAAACUUUUAGCAUUAUUUAAUUGGAGAACCAAGAGAGUUUGAGGGAGAGUUUGAGUAGCGGUAAGAAAGGCAAGGAACAGGCAAAAUAGGUAAGCAUGGUUGAUAGUGCUGUCAAUAGGGCAAAUGAAUGCUGAUAUUGAGCUAGUCAUUUUUUCCCAGUGAAGACAUUAUUAAUGUAAAGGUAGGUUCUAAAUGGUUAGAAUGUGAAGUGAUAAUGGAUUUUACUUCAUUCUUUUAAUUAUUUAUUU